AUCGUGGAGUGGCGUGCAUCCAACGGUGUUCUCUCUUCAGAGAAAGAUUUCACUCUUCAUUGGAAGCAUGAUUGAAUUCCAAUAAACGGAAACAAAUAAGCAAGUAAAGUGGUUUCCAGCAUUGCAGAAGAGAUUACGGAAGAGUAGCUAAAGCUUCAUGUAGGACAACCGUAUACCUUUUCUCCAAGGUGUGGUGUUGGGCAAAAUUCUGCUAAUUCUUUUAACCUGUUACCCAAAACAACCUGGUUUUGGGGAUUGCGCGAUAUCUGAAACCGUGGAUACAGCAUGAGGCCUCUUUCUCCAGGAGAUGGACUUUCCCCUCUGGGCCUGCUCACACGAGGGCCUGACUACUUGCGUAAGCAGCUGGAGAUGAGCAGUGGUGGGCGGACGCCAAGUGCCGUAGAGAGGCUGGAAGCUGACAAAGCCAAAUACGUCAAAUCCCGGCAAGUGAUCAACAGCCGCCAAGAGCCCAUUCUGCUCAGCCACACUCCCCAGUCUUCCCCGUGCUGCAGGAGACCCCUAACCCUCCACCAGCGGAGUGAAUUUCCUCACGGCUUGACAGCAGACCAAGAUGGCCUCCGACCCAAGAAGCAGCCCCCUUCUCCUCAGUCCCCCAUAGCGCGGCGAGGGGGCAGCAGGCGCCUACUGAGGCCUGACUCACUUGUCAUCUACCGGCAAAAACGCGACUGUCCUCUGGUCAACAAGGAGAACAGCAAAGGGUACAACCUAAUGAAGUGGCUGUUUCAGGGUCCGCUGAGAGAUGGACCUCAUAACUGUUCUUCUUCAAGGAGUCUCUUAGGAGAUGGACAUCUGGAAGAGACCCAAGAAGAGAACUCCAUGGUUUGGGUACCUGCAGAGAAGGAGGACGCAAGGACUGCACAUUCGGUGGACAAGUUAGAUGGAUUCAUGGGUUGUGAGUCUGAGCCGAGUCCAAAAACCCAGGCCAGCUCUCAGCUCCGUGUUGACCAACCCUUUCCUUCCUCUGGCCAUUGCCAAACAGGAGCCAAGAAAGAGCUGACUCUGAGUUAUUCUCUUCCUCUUUCAGAGAAAGAACGAUUCUUUAACUACUGUGGCUUGGACCACAAUUUAGUAGAGGUGCUCGGAAUUGAACGCUUCAAACCAGGCAGCUGGGAAGCCGGUUCCUUCUGCAUCGGAUCAGCUAGUUCAGAACAUGAUGGCCUUUCCUACAAUGGGGAGCCCUUGUCUGCUGAAGACCCAAGUGACAAGCUGCCUGCAUCGGUCUCUGUCGUUGAGCGAAACGCCCGUGUCAUUAAAUGGCUUUACAGCUGCCAGAAGGCCCAAACAAGGUCCAAAGAAUCCACCGUAUGAACUCAUCAAGUUCUGGGGUCCAAGGCUCUCCCUUGAUCCCAAGUGAGGGGAAGUCCUGCUUUGGAGGGGAGGCAGUGGUGGGAUUCAAAACUUUUUACAACUGGUUCUGUGGGC